CGCCAGAGAGUAAAGCAAGUACAAAAAAAGACGCAUGGAACUCUGUUCACGGGAUGGAUCAUGGAUGAUGAUGGUCCAUUGCCUGGUGCCUAGUGGGUGUUGUGGGGUAGUUGGGUCAUUUGGUGUUUCCAUUGUACGUGGCCAACAAUAGAGACGGGUGACACCUGCUGAAUAUUUGAAAUUGGGAACCCUACCCUUUUUAAUCCGGAUUCUCUAGAGCCAUUUGAGUCAUAGUAAGGGUGGCCUCACAUUGAUUUUUCAUCUGGAAUUGGACAGACAAGGAUUCAACAUCUACAAUAGUUUGUAGAUGGUUUUAUCACAGAAGAACCACUGGGUUUGUGGUGGAUGGUGUAUCCGCAAUUAAGGAAGAAAAAACGAAGGAGUGUUUGAAAGGGAGAGAGUGAGAGAUGGGAACGGGGUCUGACUCAGAGUCGGAGGGUAACGGAUGGGGCAGAGCAAGAGGAAUUCUGGUGAAGGCGGCGGUGUUGAUAGGAGGGGCUAUUCUCCUUAAGAGACUCACCAAGUCUACCACUCGCUGGGAUCAUGCUCGCUUUGUUUCCCACUCCCUCUCCGGUGAAAAGUUCUCAAUGGAGCAAGCUUCCAGAGACCCUGACAACUACUUCAAUUUCAGAAUGGUCACGUGCCCAGCAGCAGAGCUGGUGGAUGGUUCCCGGGUCUUAUAUUUUGAGCAGGCAUUUUGGAGAACUCCUUCCAAGCCCUUUCGGCAGAGAUUUUAUAUGGUAAAGCCUUGUUCAAAAGAGAUGAAAUGUGAUGUUGAGCUAAGUUCAUAUGCCAUUAGAGAUGUGGAGGAGUACAAGAACUUCUGUGAUCGCUCCAAGGCCCAGCGCCCACUUCCUGAGGAAGUUAUAGGGGACAUUGCAGAGCAUUUGACGACCAUAUAUCUCAAACGCUGUGAACGUGGCAAACGUUGUUUAUAUGAAGGCUCAACUCCAUCAGGGGGAUUCCCUAAUUCAUGGAGUGGUGCAACCUACUGUACUUCAGAACUUGCAGUCUUGAAGAAUAAUGAGAUUCAUAUCUGGGAUAGGGGCUAUGAUGAUGAAGGAAAUCAAGUUUGGGGAGUGAAGGAGGGUCCUUACGAGUUCAAGCCGGCACCUGCCUCAAGUUCCAAUGACAUGUUUUCUCCUUUAAAUUUUGCCCCCCUCUGCCCAUGGAGAAAAGAAUAGAUGGUUCAUUUGUUUUACAAGAAUGAUCACUACUUUAUUAUAACCAUGACAUGUAAAUUUUCAACUUUCAUGAUUCUUAGAUCUUACAUAGUGUGUUUUUGUCUAUUCUAUUUCCUCCUAAUGAACUUGAUGCACUGAACAAUUAGCAAUGUAAAAUUGCACUCAAUAGCUGAAGUGCAAUAAAAUGUAUAGUGAUGGUUGGGAGCUUGUGAAUUUCCAGUUCAUCAUAUAUCCCUAUGUGAUUCCUAGAAUCUGUAUACUAAGACAAGGCUUUAGUUUA